AUGUGGCCUCCAGGGGCCAUCUUUGUGGGCCUCCCCCACCUGUGGCCCAUCUUGGUCUGGUGGUUUGCCUGUCAUCGAAUGCCUGCUUGGUGUGAGGACCAGAGGAAGCUACUCUGGUGCCCAUCCCACAAAGUUUUGUUGCUUGUAUGGACAACCAUCUAUUCAGUCACAGGAUGCUAUGCCUCUUACCUGGUGUGGAAGGACCUGGGAGGGGGCUUCAGGUGGCCUCGGGCCCUCCCCCUUGGCCUCUAUGCUGUACAGCUCACCAUCAGCUGGACCGUCCUGAUUCUCUUGGUCGUGGCCCACAACCCUGGUCUGGCAAGCCCUGUUCACCUGCUGCUGCCCUACAGGCUGGUGGUGAGCAUGACACUCACCUAGCACCCCAUCAACAAACUGGCAGCCCUACUCCUGCUGCCCUGCCUCACCUGCCUCACCGCCACUGUUUCUAUCACCUACUACCUGUGGAUGGACAGCCUUUGUCCUGAGCAGCAGCUUCAUCCCACAGGGGAGAAGAACAACUGA